UUUAAAAAUGUUUGAAACUCAGCAAUUUGAAAGUUGAAACUCGGAAAUAGAGGAGACAGAGAGAUAUGAUUUACAUGCUUUAAAGAAAUAUUUGGAAUUUGACUGCCCUAAAUUCUAUGAUUUCAAUAAAAUUGGUCAAGACAACUGGAAUGAAACAUACGAGGAAACUAUUGAGAGGUAAGAUCUAUCAGCCAUAGACUCAGCUAAAAUUCCUCUCCUGCUAAUUCUCAAAUCUUUAAAUUGGUUAAAUAAUUCAAUUUCCUCCAGACUGAACAUAAGACAACUCGAGGAAAAUAAAUUAAAACCGUCAAAAUCAAUUUCAAAUCCUCGGCCUCUAAAUUGUUCUCCAAAAAAGAAGGAUUGUGAAAAUGAGGAUCCUAACUGCUUGGCUCCAUCAGCACCUAAAAUUAAAUGUCCUAAUAAGAAAAAGCAAAGGAAAAUGUCGAAACCCAAAGCAUCGGCAAGUAAUACUAUGGAAGUCUUUUUUGUGAUAAAUAAAGACUCAAAGAAGGAUAAAAAUAAGAAAACUUUACGCCUGAAAUCUCCUGCUACUAAGAAUCUUGACUCUCUUGCAAAGAAAUAUCGAAGCGGGAAGGGACAACAGUUUGCUUCUUUUUGACAUACUGGAUGUGCUCCUUCCUCUGUCAUCAAGAACUCAGAGUCAAAUCCCCAGGUAAACCUUCCUGUUUAUCAGGAGUACAUUAAAAGAGUCAAGAAGGUAGAUAUGAGCUCUAAGCUGAAAGAUCUGCACCGGAAGAUGCACUUCUGCAUUAUGAACUCCUUUAACGAAAAAUAAACAAAAGUCAAAUUCAAAGAGUAAAUAUCACCAGAAGAUGGCUGCGAAGGCAAGCUCGUCCUUUAUUUUCCAGGCUAAGUCUCCAUUACACAAGGUGAAUGCUAGCAGCCAGAAUUUUAUUUUGAAGAACAAGAAGAACUUGAAGAAUAUGAUCAACCCUGAUGAGUGACAGAAGAAGCCCAAAUCUAAGAGAUUUCGAAGGAAUCUGAGUAAGAAGUCUAUAGGCAGUAGUACACAUAAAACAUCCGGCUACUCAACUUCUAAGAAUAAGGGCUCUUUUACGACUAGUUAUCAGAAAUUUAAAGAGAGUUCCUCUGUGAUAAAAUACCGUAGUUUUGUCAAUACCGCGAAGGUCAGCCCAGCUAGAAUCAAGUCUAUUGAAAGAGUACCAAAGAAGUCCCAAAGGAAGUUAGAUAUGAACUCUAGGAAAGUAUCGUGAGGGAAAAGAAAAAUUUAGCUCUUCAAAAGUCAAAGCUAAAGCACAAGUCUCUAUAGCUAGUCACUGCAAGAAUAAGUCAUCUUUCAAGAAAUUUACCAGAAACCAAUUUACCACUGAUGCACUUGAUGCUGACUAUGGCUCCUUAAUAGAUAGUUAUACAGAGAUUCUCUCGAAGAGGAAAGAUAUUAAAAAGCCAAAUAAGAAAGAAGCAUCUAAGUCUUUCAAUACAGGAAGUAAGAAGAAAUCAACUCAUAAGAGAAGCUUCCUUGGGCCAAAUAUUCAUCCAUCGAACAGAUGGUUAGGAAAAGAAAAUAUUGAUAUUAAUGGAAAGAGCUUUCAUUGAUCUACAGAUGGGCUUAAGAAACCUUCGGUCGUCAGACUUCAUUACAGAAGAAAUACAGCAGAGUGUAAUAAGAAAAAAUCAAGUUCUAAGUUAGCCAAGUCUAAGAAGGCAACACCAUUCUUAAAGCAGCCUUUACAUGAGAAUUAUAUGACACUAAACUUUGUGGCUAGCAGCUGUAAGAAUUUUCACAAUAAGAAAAAGCCGAGUGUAAACCAAUCUGAAAUCACCUCUAAUGAGUCAACUCCGCGAAUUGAGGAUGAAGAUGUGAUUAUCAAUACUAUCUCUGGAAUGUAUGGAGAAACAUUUAAGAACUCUUUCUGUGGCAAGAAUAUUAACUCUCUAAGUUAGAUUACAAACAUUAAUAGCC